AUGUCGCCCAGACGUCAAAGCGAGUUCGCGAAAGAGUUGAACAAAAGAAAUAUGGAUACAUCAUUCGUCGUCUGCAACUCGAGCCAGAGUGUGUCGACCAGAAGAAGUCCAACAAACUUUAACACCGCCAAACACAACAAAACAACAACAAUGAAACUGUUCGUCUUUGCUGUCUGCGCCAUUGCCGUCGUCUCCGCCGAUGUCUCGCACCUGAACUUGGGAGGUGGCGGUGGCUACAACUACAAUAGGCCCUCGCCUUCGUUCGAUAUUUCCUCCUCAUCGGGAUCUGGUUUCCAGCCAUCCGCUCCCCUCUUCUCCGCUCCUGCGCCAGCACCCAGCAACUCGUACUUGCCACCUUCACAGGACAUUCCAAUUUCAGCUCCCGCUCCAAUCUAUUCGGCGCCAGCGCCUGCUCCCGCUCCCAUCUACUCAGCGCCAGCGCCUGCGCCCGCUCCUAUCUACUCGGCACCAGCGCAAGCUCCAGUUAGCGAGUAUCUGCCACCUGUUCAGGAUAUUCCUGCCCCAGCUCCCGCCUACUCAGCUCCUGCUCCUGGACCAUCCUACUCAGCUCCUGCUCCUGGACCAUCGUACUCAGCACCCGCUCCAUCUAACGAGUACCUGCCACCUGUACAGGACAUUCCUGCCCCAGCUCCCGCACCAGUCUACUCUGCCCCAGCACCCGCUCCAGUCUACUCUGCUCCCGCUCCUGGUCCAUCCUACUCUGCUCCCGCUCCCGGUCCAUCCUACUCGGCGCCCGCUCCUGGACCAUCGUACUCGGCUCCCGCUCCAGCUCCAGUCUACUCGGCUCCCGCUCCAGCACCAGCUAACGAUUAUCUGCCACCUGUCCAAGACUUUCCAGCACCCGCCCCCGCUCCCAUCUACUCGGCUCCAGCGCCAGCUCCCGCUCCCAUCUACUCAGCUCCUGCUCCCAUCAGCCAACAGCCAGAGUACUCUCCAGCCCUGGAGCAGAACAAUGGCUAUCAAUAUAAUGUGCCAGCCAAGCGUUUCCGCUUCUAG